AUGUGGGAGCUCGUGGCUCUCUUGCUGCUUACACUAGCUUAUUUGUUUUGGCCCAAGAGAAGGUGCCCUGGUGCCAAGUACCCCAAGAGCCUCCUGUCCCUGCCCCUGGUGGGCAGCCUGCCAUUCCUCCCCAGACAUGGCCAUAUGCAUAACAACUUCUUCAAGCUGCAGGAAAAAUAUGGCCCCAUCUAUUCCGUUCGUAUGGGCACCAAGACUACAGUGAUUGUCGGCCACCACCAGCUGGCCAAGGAGGUGCUUAUUAAGAAGGGCAAGGACUUCUCUGGGCGGCCUCAAAUGGCAACUCUAGACAUCGCGUCCAACAACCGUAAGGGUAUCGCCUUCGCUGACUCUGGCGCACACUGGCAGCUGCAUCGAAGGCUGGCAAUGGCCACCUUUGCCCUGUUCAAGGACGGCGAUCAGAAGCUGGAGAAGAUCAUUUGUCAGGAAAUCAGUACAUUGUGUGAUAUGCUGGCCACCCACAACGGACAGUCCAUAGACAUCUCCUUUCCUGUCUUCGUGGCGGUAACCAAUGUCAUCUCCUUGAUCUGCUUCAAUACCUCCUACAAGAAUGGGGACCCUGAGUUGAAUAUUAUACAGAAUUACAAUGAAGGCAUCAUAGACAACCUGAGCAAAGACAGCCUGGUGGACCUAGUCCCCUGGUUGAAGAUUUUCCCCAACAAAACCCUGGAAAAAUUAAAGAGCCAUGUUAAAAUACGAAAUGAUCUGCUGAAUAAAAUACUUGAAAAUUACAAGGAGAAAUUCCGGAGUGACUCUAUCACCAACAUGCUGGACACACUGAUGCAAGCCAAGAUGAACUCAGAUAAUGGCAAUGCUGGCCCAGAUCAAGACUCAGAGCUGCUUUCAGAUAACCACAUUCUCACCACCAUAGGGGACAUCUUUGGGGCUGGCGUGGAGACCACCACCUCUGUGGUUAAAUGGACCCUGGCCUUCCUGCUGCACAAUCCUCAGGUGAAGAAGAAGCUCUACGAGGAGAUUGACCAGAAUGUGGGUUUCAGCCGCACACCAACUAUCAGUGACCGUAACCGUCUCCUCCUUCUGGAGGCCACCAUCCGAGAGGUGCUUCGCCUCAGGCCCGUGGCCCCUAUGCUCAUCCCCCACAAGGCCAACGUUGACUCCAGCAUCGGUGAGUUUGCUGUGGACAAGGGCACACAAGUUAUCAUCAAUCUGUGGGCGCUGCAUCACAAUGAGAAGGAGUGGCACCAGCCGGAUCAGUUCAUGCCUGAGCGUUUCUUGAAUCCAGCGGGGACCCAGCUCAUCUCACCGUCAGUAAGCUAUUUGCCCUUCGGAGCAGGACCUCGCUCCUGUAUAGGUGAGAUCCUGGCCCGCCAGGAGCUCUUCCUCAUCAUGGCCUGGCUGCUGCAGAGGUUCGACCUGGAGGUGCCAGAUGAUGGACAGCUGCCCUCCCUGGAAGGCAUCCCCAAGGUGGUCUUUCUGAUCGACUCUUUCAAAGUGAAGAUCAAGGUGCGCCAGGCCUGGAGGGAAGCCCAGGCUGAGGGUAGCACCUAA